UAUAGUUUUUAAUAUAUGUGAACAUUUGUAGAAUGUCACUCUUACGGACGACGUAACAAUUAUUUACUUCACAAUAUCGAAUUUGGAAAGGAAGAGGAAAUGAUUUCUUACUAGAUUUUGCAUGAACCUUAUAUGUAUCCGAUGUAUUUAGAAUAAUUACCAAACUGUGGGAAUAUAACAAAAGAAAAUAUAUGUUAAGGUUUUAAUAUUGUAAGAUUUGGCAGAUUUUGAAACCUCAAAAGAACAAAAUGGAGAUUGUAAGGAUGGCGAAGUUACCAUACUUUUUCAUAUGUUGUCUUCUCUUAAUCAUUCUCUGGUUAUUGUCUCAUCAUCCCUCAUGUUCCCCAUACAUGGGUACCAUUAGAGGAACACAAUUCUCGCACAUUCCACCUGAAUCUUCAGGCUUAUCGAGUUUACUAAAAGAAGCAGUUUCAGAAGAUAAUACUGUGAUUAUUACCAUGGUAGAUCGAGAAUGGGCAAAACCAGCAUCUCUUCUUGAUCUGUUCCUUGAGAGUUUUCGGACUGGAGAAAGAACAAAACACUUGCUGAAUCAUUUGAUUGUUGUGGCUCUAGAUAAUCAAGCUCUUCGAUAUUGUCGAAGGGCCCAUCCUCGUUGUUAUCUUCAUACAAGUUCUGGAAAGAAAAUUGGAUCUGUAAACCCAGAUGGCCUUGUUGCCGGUUGGAAUAAAAAAUCUUUGGUGAAAGAGAUUCUAGAACUCGGUUACAACAUGAUAUUUACUGAAGCUGAUGUGAUAUGGCUAAGGAACCCUCUAAUUCACUGCCAUCAAGAUAAUUCAGUCUCAGUGGCUUGCGGGUUCUCAUCAAGUGAUCAACAACAUGUAACAGCAGAAAACACAGGAGGUUUCUUCUAUGCCAAGUCCAAUGAAAUAACCAUUGACCUGUUCAAGAUCUUGAACGUAGAGAGAGUUUUAUAUCCUUCUACUGGAAACCAAUCUUUCUGCGACAUUGUCAAGCGGGAAGAUGUAAUUCGUGGCCUUAACAUGAAAGUAACGUACUUGGAUGACGCUAAUUUUGUGAGGUUCUGUCACCCAAAUAGGCAAAACCAAAGCAAGAUAGCUACAAUUCAUGCAAGUUGUUAUGAUGAUACAAAGAGUAAGGUGCAGUACCUUAAGUUGCUUCUCCAAGACCGGAAAAUAUAA